AAUGCCCAAAUUCGACAGAAAAAAGACUGAAAGAAAACUGAAUGAAAGAAUGUGUUGUUUUAUGCGCUCUCGUUGCUAGCUGAAUGACGGUAUUCCCAGAGUUAGCCUGUCGGUAUGUGUUCCUGCUCGGCUUAACGUAAAACCCCUUUCCUUUCCGCAACCCUUCUUUUUUCUCAAGCGGAUUUCAAACUUACACUAACAAAUUAUUAAAGCUACGAUAAACAACAGUCUAACCUAAGCUUCUGACCCAGUCACGGAGUACAACGCUGCGGGAAAAUGCUGUGGGAAAAGUCAUUUGGAGGCGACGAGCGUCUUUAGUGCGAGUUAGCGGAAACAAACGACCCGGUGAAAGAAACGAAGAGCAUGUGCGCGCGCUGAUCAGCCUUUUAAAUGGAAUGUGUGCAGCUUCAGAGAAGGACCUGUAUGCUGUCCUGGGAGCCAGCCCCUGCGACACGGUACAGCAGCUCAGGCACAGAUACCAGCUACUGGCCUUACAGUAUCACCCAGACCGUCUUGGAGGUCAGUGUUCUUCAGAGGCAGAGUCUGGUGUUAAGAAGUUUCUAGAAGUUGAUGCAGCUUGGAAGAUCCUUAGUGAUGAGAACACUAGGAGACAGUAUGAUUUGCAGAAAAGAGCACAGGAACUUAAACAGGAUGGACCAGUCGACUCAACAGUUUGUCUUGAGGACAUGACCUGGAACCAGGAUGAGUGUAUAUAUACAUAUUACUGUCGCUGUGGAGGAGGAUUCAGUGUCACUGAGGAAGAGGUGGACAAGGAGACACAAAGGGCACUGCACAAUGAUGAAGAGGAAGAAUCAGAAGAUGGACAAAACAGAGGAGUGGUUGUUGGCUGUGAUACGUGUUCCCUCAGUGUGUACGUCACAUGGCCAUUGCAAAGACUCAAAUGUUAAAUAAUAUUUCUUUUUAAGGAAUCCUUUGCCUUUCAACACUGCUACGUCUUACUAAAUUAGCAUGCAAACUUUUCCCUUUUUUUUAAAAGAGUGCAGCAAAUCAAUAAAGCAUACUUUUUGAUGAUUUAA